CCGGUGCUGGCUGGAAAGAAACACAAGCCAUAAGCUCUCCGACCUCCAUGGAGUUCGAACGCGCGUGAAAAAUAAUAUUUAAAUUUGACAACUGUUGUUUGUCAUCCGGCCUCCUUCGGUUGAACUUUUUCGUGUUUCGCUUCCCGCGUUUUCAUUCCAUAGACAAUUAAUUUUUAUUUUAAAAGAAAAGUUUUCAUAAACUUUUCAGUGAAAUUCAACGAGUGUAUUUUUCAUAAUAUCUGUUGCUGAAAGCAAAACAGCUGCAAGAUGGAAGGGUGCGGUAUGAACUGUAUAAAAUACCUUCUGGGUGUAUUCAAUGCGAUUUUUGUGAUCCUGGGCGUGGUGAUCAUAGCGACGGCAUGCGUGGACAUGGGCAUGAUCAAGGGGUUCGCGGCGAUGGAGUCAUCAGCCGGCCACGAGACCGACGCCGUGCUGAUCGCUGUCGGCGUCCUCAUCAUCAUCGUGGCCGCCUUCGGCUGCUUCGGGGCCUGGAAGGAGAGCCCUAAGCUGCUGUAUAUUUACGUGGGCUGCCUCAUCAUCAUCAUCCUGCUGGAGCUGUCCGUGGGCAUCGCGGCGGCGGCGCUGCGCCCGCAGCUCGAGGGCACCAUGAAGACUCAGCUGCGGGCCUCCUUCAUCAAGAACAAGUCUACAAGGGACGAGGAUUCCGCUCACCGGGAGUUCUGGGACCGGAUCCAGAGUAACCUGGAAUGCUGCGGCGUGAGCGGCCCUGACGACUACUCCUCCCCCGCCCCGCGCCUCAACCCCUCCUUCUCGUGCUGCCCCCCCGACCCUCAGUCCGAGAAGGCGGUGGAACUCCAGCGAUCCGAGUGCCUCAACCAGAACCGCUACUUCACCGAGGGCUGUGAGGAUAAGGUGCUGUCGACGGUGCACAGCGCGGGGCUGACGGUGAUUGUCUGCGGGAUACUGUUUUGUGUGCUUGAGGUGGCCGGCAUAAUCCUAGCGCUCUGGCUUGCACACUCUAUCAAGAACGAAGGCAAGAGUCGGGAGACAGCAUAAAUUAUAUACAUAACUAUGGAUAUUAAACAUAAAUUUAAAUCAUUAUAAGUAGUCUGUCUGUCGCUAAAAUUGAAUUUUUACGUUACCUCAUUAUUGUAUGUACACUAUUAAAUGUAUAAUUAAUUGUAUGUAGACUUUCAGAAGGCUCACAUUGUAUAUUAUUUUAUAUUCUAAGUAUUAGGUAUUAUGUAUUUAUCACGUACCUAUUUAAAACAUAGCGGGAGAAGCUAGACUUACCUUGGUCCAAGAAGUUUUUUUUUUAUCUAAGAAAUCUUUAAUUUAUAAAUCACAUCAUCCCAUGGGUAUGGGUAUGUAUGUAAGUACUAUUCUUUAUUACAGCUAGCAGUUGGUAGUAUUAAAAAAAUAUGGUAAAACAAUAAGUCAUUAUUAAUUAUAACCGUAAUUGUUUUGUACCUGCAGAUAAUAAAGCUUAAAGUAUACUUACUUAGUUUUUAAGUUAUACGCUCGAUAACGCACUGAAUUUAAAGGGUGCUUUAUCAAAGUUGUAUUGUUUUAAGAUCAAUGAGCAUGCAAGUAUUUAGUGUUUAUAAAAAUUGUUUUGAAGUUAAUUGAAGUUUACUCUUACGUUCAUAAUAUUGAACAUGCUUUCAUACAUCUAUUCAUCUUGCUUUUUGGAACAGUGUAGGUCCGUAGUUAAUGUGUAGGUAUUAAUAAUUUAUUUUAUGUGUGCGAGUUAGUUUUAUAUACUUACUUAACUACCAAAGUAAAAAAUCUUUAAAAUAAGUGUUAUUUAUAAGAAAACCAUUUAUAAAUGUACCUAAUUCCAUAAUCUGACCUCCGAGAGUUACUGAUUGUUGAUCAAUGUAAAAGAGUUUAUCCUGCGUUCAAGAUAUUAUAAUUAAGAAGAAUUUAAACAUAACAUUUAUUUACAAAGCAUCUUAAUUAAAUAAAUACUUAGAAGCGUAAAUAUUUAUCACCAUCAUAAUUUUACUAUACACUCACGGACAAUGAAAAGGUUCCACUGAGAAAAGCACCAAAUUACUUCUAAACGGAAAAGGCUAGCUUAAUGCCGUCUUCUGCAACAUUGAAGUACAUUUAACAGAGCAUCAGGAUAUAACCAACUAAAAUCGGUAAUAUUUUGUUUCAAUUUUAAAAUAAUUCUUUUAAAAAAUGGGGGUCGUUUGUUGUUGGCAUUUUGUGAGUGGAAAUUUUUCAUUGCCCGGCAGUGUAAAUACUUACUUACCUAACUAUAACUACUUAUCUCUUGUUAUCUUAGAAUUAAAUAAAAUGUAAAAUCUCUCCGUCCUUCAUUGAUAAGAAAUGAGCUUUGUGUUUUCUAGUAUCACAUUUAGAUACAACUGUACUAAUUAACAUAGCUAUUCGCAAGUGUAUGAUCUCAUUCUGGCGGAGGCCAAUUUAAUUUUAUUGGGUUUUAAUUGGUCCAGAUUGGAGUCAUUAGAUUUGUAUGACAAACGACGCUGAUUCUAUACAAGACUCGUAGCCACUUCUUGUAGACUUGGAGUGCGAGUUUUUACACCGUUGGAGCAGUGAAGAGUAAACGCUAAUUUCUAUAGUGCUGGAGAGUGCCAUAGACUAUAUGGUACUAUCUCCGCACUAUAAAAAUACACGUUUCCUACUUCUCGAAUGGUGAAAAAAACUCACACUAGGAACUCAGAAUCAGCGGCAGUAUUCUUCAUACAAGUGGAGUAGGCACCAGUUUAUUUAAACUUUAAAUGUGACUAGUGGCAUACGUAAAUAUUAUAAAUUAAUUACGUUAUUAAUACCUAAUUAUCACUUAUGUUAAAAAGAGUCUUUUAAUGUCGAUGUUGAAUAGAUUUUCAAAAUAAA